AGCACCGGCUCCGCAGGUACCACAGCCGUGGCAGCACAGGAGUCCCCAGCGCUCAGGAUGGCGCCGAAGGCGGCCGCCCUUGUCCUGGUUCUCCUGGCGAUCUCAGGCUCACGGGCUGAUGUGAACCCCGACGAGGUGGCCAGCGUGAUCUGGAAGUACUUCACAGAGCUGGGCAGCAAUGCCAAGGACACGGUGGACCAGCUGCAGCAGGCUGAGAUCAGCAAGCAGCUCAACACCCUGCUGAAGAGCAACCUGCACAGCGUCAGCGCCUACGCCGAGGACCUGCAGGAGCGGCUGGUGCCCUUUGCCACCGAGCUGCAGGCGCGGCUGGUGCAGGACUCCCAGCGGCUGAAGGAGCAGAUCCAGCGGGAGCUGCAGCAGCUGCAGGCCAAGCUGGCUCCCUACGCCGACGAGGUGCACCAGCAGAUCGGCACCAACAUCCGCCAGCUGCAGGCCAAGAUGAGCCCGUACGCCGAGGAGCUGCGCUCCCGGGUGGACAGCGGCGCCGGGGAGCUGCAGCGGGCGCUGGAGCCCUACGCGGCCGAGCUGCGGGAGCGGCUGAAGGACAACGCCCAGAGCAUCCAGGCCUCCCUGAGCCCCUACGCUGACCGGCUGCAGCAGCAGAUCGACGGCGGCGUGGAGAGCCUGAAGGAGCGGCUGUCGCCCAUGGCAGAUGAGCUGAAGGCGCAGGUGGAGCAGAGCGUGGCCGAGCUGCGGCGUGGGCUCAGCCCCUACGCCCAGGAGGUGCAGGAUGGCCUCAACCGGCAGCUGGAGAGCCUGACCGUGCAGAUGGAGCGGGCGGCCGAGGAGCUGCGCACCCGCCUGGCCACCAGCUCCGAGGAGCUGCGCGCCCAGCUGAGCCCGCUGGCACGGGAGCUGCGGGAGGCGGCGAGCGGAGAUGCCGAGAGCCUGCGGCAGCGCCUGGCUCCCCUGGCCCAGCAGCUGGAGCAGCGUGUGGGGCACACGCUGGAGACCUUCCGGCAGCAGGCGGCUCCCUUCGGAGAGACCUUCGGGAAGCAGCUGGUGCAGCGGCUGGAGGAGAUGCGCGGCAAGCUGGACUCGGGCGCUGCCGGCGUGGAGGAUCACCUGGAGCUGCUGGAGAAGGAGGUGCGGGAGAAGGUGGCUGCUUUCCUCAGCACCGUCCCACCCCCAGAGAAUUAAGCCACUCCAGGCAGCCCUCCACACACCUUCCAAGCGCUCCUGGCCGCUUCCAGUGGCAGAAAUAAAUCUUGUGAUGCA